CACUGUUAUAGUGAAUAAAGUUCAGGACAAUAAGUGAAAUUAACACCGAUAUUUUUUAUGUGAAGAGAAGACAUGCUUAACUUUUUAUCUGGAAAAUCUUGAAACUGCAGUUGUAUGAAAAUUUCGGGCGAAAAAUAUGGUCAACAAAAGGAGAAGUGCAGGAGGGAGCUAAGAAGGGCUUGAUAGAUUCACUCAAGUUACUGGAACAAGCUGCAUUGGGAGACAAGCUUUACUUUGGAGGGGAAAGCUUUGGUUUUGCGGAUAUUGCUUUGAUCGGGAUUUACAGCUGGUUUUAUGCCUUGGAGAUCUUUGGAAACUUUAGCAUAGAGGCCGAGUGCCCAAAGCUUGAUGCUUGGGACAAGAGAUGCAAGCUAAGGGAGAGUGUUUCUAAGUCUCUACCCGACCCUCAUAAGAUUUAUGAGUUAUUACUGGAGCUUAAAAAGACUUAUGAACUAGAAUAGACAUAUUCUUGUGCUUCACAAUCCAUGAAAGGACUUAGUUCUGCCUCGCCGCAUGGAUCAUUUUUUCUAUGAAUAAAGACAAUUACAAAGAGCUGGCUUGUGGAGUCUCAGUAUUGUCUAUGUCUUUUCCUGAUACACAAGAAAAUGGAGCUUUCUUGUUUCUGUACUAAAGUGAUGACCUGUGUGUUGGCGACUUAUUAAAAUCUUUCGCGAAAUACAGCAAAGGAAUGGAGAAUGAUGAGGUGAUUCUAUUGGACUUCUGGGCUAGCAUGUUUGGUAUGAGGAUAAGGGUAGCAUUAGCUGAAAAGGAGAUUGAAUACGAGUUUAAGGAAGAAGUCGUGGGUGGCACUAAAAGUCCGCUGCUUUUAAAGAUGAAUCCCGUACACAAGAAAAUCCCGGUUUUGAUUCACAACGGAAAACCUGUUUGUGAAUCUUUCAUUGCAGUUGAGUACAUCGAUGAAGUCUGGAAGGACAAAGCGCCGUUGUUAUCCUCUGAUCCUUACGAGAGAGCACAAGCUAGGUUCUGGGCUGACUACAUUGACAAGUUGUAUGAUUUUGGGCGAAAAAUUUGGGAUGCCAAAGGAGAAGAGCAGGAGGUAGCUAAGAAGAACUUGAUAGAUUCACACAGGGUCCUGGAGCGGGAAGCGUUGGGAGACAAGCCUUACUUUGGAGGGGAAAGCUUUGGUUUUGUGGAUGUUGCCCUGAUUGGGUUCUACAGCUGGUUUUAUACGUACGAAGCCUUUGGAAACUUCAGCAUGGAGGCCGAGUGCCCCAAGCUCGUUGCUUGGGGCAAGAGAUGCAUGCAGAGGGAGAGCAUCUUUAAGUCUUUACCAGACCCUCAUAAGAUCUAUGAGGUAAUACUCCAGUAUAGAAAGAAUGUUGGACUUGAAUAGACAUAUUAAUGUGUUUCAUAGUCUAUGAAAGGCGCUUUGUUCAGAAUUGGAGUAUGAGUAGACCUGUUUUCCGGGAAUAACAGGAGUCCUUGAUUCCUGGCUUGCGGAAUGUCAGUGUUGUUCUAUGUAAUUGUUCCGCUGCUUCUCUUUGGACUGAUGAACUGUCUAUUCAUAGAUGGUCAAGAUAUUGUAUUUUUCUC